GACGGGAGGGCUGCAUAAACACCGCUGUCACGUUUUGGCUGUUUUUAGUCUGUUUUUUUUUUUUUUUAACUUAUCUCCGCUCACUUUUUUUUUUUUUUGCGCAAGUGGAACAGGCAAAAACCCGAGCAACAUGUGGGCUGCGCGGCCACCAAACGAGCAGGUCUGCCCUGCUCUGCCGGGGUUCAGCUGCUAAGCAUGCGGCCUAAAGCCCCGCCCACAACCAGUAGCCUUAACUUGGUGACCUCUGAGGAGACAGGUCAAAGGUCAGACGAACAAGACGGAAUCACAAUGGCUGAACUUGUGGAAAGUCUGGAUGCAGGAGAGCUGGACAUUGGAGAUGGGGAGGAGAUAGACUAUGAUGGAAACAUUUUAGGGGACUGUCGGAUACCCUUUUCAGCCAUUUAUGCCCUAGUGGGUUUCAAAGAGGCCAAUGCCAAAGUGUACAUGCCCGCUGUGCCCAUCACGGCGCGCAUCCUGGAGGUGGAGAGGUUCACUGCAGCUCAGGAUCGCUUCAACCUCUCCAACCACAGGAGCGUCAACAAGUCUUUACCAGCUGUGUUUAAAAUUGAGCUGAAACAUGGAGAGUUCACCUGGGUCGUGAAGAGGAAAGAGAAACACUUUAUGGAACUGCACCGAGAACUCAGGACCUACAAGACUUUUAUGAGGAUCCCUCUGCCCACCAGAAGCCACACGGUGAGGAGGAGGACGGUGAGGAAGAGUGAGGUGAGAGAGAUGCCCGUCCUGCCCAAAGGAAAAGGAGACGAGCUGGUGCGCGAUGAACAGGUCUCCAGCAGAAGGAGGCAAUUAGAGGACUAUUUGAACAAGCUGCUGAAGAUGGCAAUGUAUCGCAAAUACCACCAUACUAUGGAGUUUAUAGAUGUGAGCCAGCUGUCUUUCAUUCACGACUUGGGACCUAAAGGACUGGAGGGGAUGAUUUACAAGCGGUCAGGAGGACAUCGCAUACCGGGCAUGAACUGCUGUGGUCAUACUCAGGCCUGCUACCGCUGGUCCAAACGGUGGUUGGUGGUGAAGGACUCCUUUCUGUUGUACAUGAAGCCAGACUCUGGGGCCAUCUCCUUUGUGCUUCUUUUAGACAAAGAGUUCAGCAUCAAAAUGGACUCCAAAGACACAGAGACCAAACAUGGCGUCCGCGUUGACAGCCUCUCAAGGACUUUGGUGUUUAAGUGCAUCAGCUUCAGACACGCGCGCUGGUGGGGGCAGAGCAUCGAAAACUUUGUCAGAAAUCACGGAAGAGCGUUUCUCCGAGAUCAUCGAUUCAGCUCUUUUGCACAAGAACAAGAAAACAUCCCAGCCAAAUGGUAUGUCAAUGGGAAAACUUAUAUGGAGGACGUGGCAGACGCUUUGGAGGAGGCAAAGGAGGAGAUUUUUAUCACAGACUGGUGGUUAAGUCCAGAAAUCUUCCUUAAAAGACCAGUGGUGGAAGGCAACAAGUGGAGACUUGACUGUAUCCUGAAACGCAAAGCACAACAGGGCGUGCGUAUCUUUGUGAUGUUGUACAAAGAAGUGGAGCUCGCUUUGGGAAUCAACUCUGGGUACAGCAAAAGGACCCUCAUGCACCUUCAUCCUAACAUCAAGGUGAUGCGUCACCCAGACCACGUCUCCUCCUCCGUGUACCUGUGGGCCCAUCACGAGAAGAUCGUGGUCAUCGAUCAGUCCGUGGCGUUUGUGGGAGGGAUCGAUUUGGCGUACGGUCGCUGGGACGACAGGGAGCAUCGACUCACUGAUGUGGGGAGUGUGACCAGAUCUGUGGUACAAGAGCAGACUGGCUUCACUAAUGCCCCUUCCACCAAUGCCGCGCCCACAGAGGAGCUGGCCCCACAGAGUAACGGGCGUGGAAGCCCCCCUCCUGCCGAUGUGGAGUUACCCAAACUGAAGGGCAUCGGGCGCAGUCGAAAAUCUCGCUUCAGUAUCUACAAACACAUCCACAUCCACAGGCACACGGUGCAGCAUGCAGACAGUGUGAGCAGCGUGGACAGCACAGGGAGUGGUUCUGUGAAAAGCUUAAAGACCGGAGUCGGCGAGCUUCAAGGAAAUACUCGCUUCUGGCAUGGAAAAGACUACUGCAACUUUGUGUACAAGGACUGGAUUCAGCUGGAGAAGCCUUUUGACGACUUUAUUGACCGAUACACUACACCCAGGAUGCCAUGGCACGACAUCUCCUCUGCGGUCCAUGGUCGAGCUGCAAGAGAUGUGGCCAGACAUUUUAUUCAGCGCUGGAACUUCACAAAGAUCAUGAAGCCAAAGUACCGUUCCUUGUCCUACCCAUACCUGAUUCCCAAAUCUCACACCAGCGCCAAUGAAGUCCGAUACCAGCUCCCAGGCAGUGUCACCACAAAAGUCCAGAUCUUGCGUUCCUCAGCGGACUGGUCGGCUGGUAUAAAGUAUCACGAGGAGUCCAUUCACAAUGCCUACGUCCAGGUCAUCGCCAAAAGCAAACACUACAUCUACAUAGAGAAUCAGUUCUUCAUUUCUUGCGCUGACAACAGAACGGUCUACAACAAAAUCGGGGACGCCAUCAUUGAGCGGAUUAUCAGAGCUCACAAAGAAGGCAAAAAGUACCGCGUGUAUGUUGUGACACCUCUACUCCCUGGUUUUGAGGGAGACAUCACGACCGGAGGAGGGAACGCCAUCCAGGCUGUCAUGCACUUCAACUACAGGACCAUGAUACGAGGGGAGUACUCCAUCAUUUCACAGCUAAAAAGAGAAAUGGAUGACCAGUGGAUGAACUACAUUUCCUUCGCUGGUUUGAGGACUCACACGGAGCUGGAGGGUCGCCUGGUCACUGAGCUCAUCUACGUCCACAGCAAGAUGCUCAUCGCCGACGACAACACGGUCAUUAUCGGCUCUGCAAACAUCAACGACAGGAGCAUGCUGGGUAAGCGUGACAGCGAGGUGGCGGUGAUUGUGGAGGACUCGGAGAAGGUGCCCUCGGUGAUGGAUGGACAGGCUUAUGAGGCCGGACCCUACGCGCUCAACCUCCGCCUCGAGUGCUUCAGAACUAUCCUGGGAGGCCACACAGACGACAGCAUUGACCUCUCAGACCCCAUCAGUGACCGCUUCUACAAAGAGGUCUGGAUGACCACCGCCGGACGCAACGCCACCAUUUAUGAGAAGGUGUUCAGAUGUCUCCCCUCGUCUCUUGUGCGUAACAUGACUGAGCUGGAGCAGUACCAGAGCAAACUAGGAAUGGCUCAGACCGACCAGAUCAAAGCCCGGGAAGAACUGAAGAAAAUCCGGGGAUUUUUAGUCCAGUUUCCGUUGGAUUUCCUGUCGGAGCACAACCUCAUGCCUUCAGUGGGAAGUAAAGAGGCCAUGGUACCAACUGAGAUCUGGACAUAGAGAACCAUUAGGAACCUGCAAAAUAUGGCAAGAAAUUACCUUAAAAAGGACAAAUCUGCCGCUUGAUUGAUAGUAUGGAGAUAUCAUGAGCCUUAUGUAUGAAGAACAGAAAAUGGAAGAAACUAGGUGCUCAAAGACAAAAUACAUUUAAUGGAAAACAUGAACUGGGUUUUGACUAUGGAAAACAAGACUUCCAAGGGACCAUAUGUGAAGAGAAAACAGACUUGCAUGCAAUUUGUAAUAUACAGUUCUCUUGAAAAGUAAAUUUUAAAAUGUCUCAGAUUUUUCAGUGGUGAAGCAUGCGCCAGUCAGAGAUGCACCAACUAGUGUUUCUCUAUUCGCCAGUUGUUCGAUAUUGGACCCAAUAUUUCCUCACAUGUGCUUUUUCUAUGUGUUUUAUCAUAUUAGUCUUAUUACAAUGUCAACAAAGCAAUGGCUAGAUCGCUAUGAGCUGCUCUUUCCAACCUGUAAUAUGCUUUUUGACCAGCAGAGGGAACACAAUCUCUAUAAACAGCAACAAUCACAAGCAUGGUGGUUUUACAUUAGGUUGUAUUCUUCAUUAUGUUUUUUUUUUUCAGUGUAUAAAAUGCUGAGUAUCCCAGACAAGCUUUUUUAUAUAAUUUAAAUUUCUAUCUUUAAUUUUCUUGCAUUUGUUGUUGAGUUGAAGGAAUUUCUCUUUGUAAGAGUAACUUGUGUCAGGCUAUUGGGUUUUAAUGUAUGCAACUUACAAGGCUAUUAAUGUAUGUCAAAGUAUGAGAUGGUAUUUUAAAUGUAACUCCAAUAAUGUGAAAUUAAAGAAACACUUAUUUGGUAUUCUAUA